UGCGUUGGUGCGCAUGCGUGCGUGUGUGGGAGCGAGAACCUGCAACCGUUGGUUGCAUACAAAUGAAUGCGCCACUACUGAUGUAAUUACGGCAUUUGAACGCGGUGGGAGGGGUCAGAGAGACCGACAUCUCUUUGCAUUGUCACUAGGGCUCAAGGCACAGUGCGCAAGGGAUUUAUUUAUACGGUUCAUUUGCCACGAACAGGACUCCAAGCCUCCUCCCUUACCCAAAUCAUUGCAGACAAAAUCGCAGAAAGAUAGCUGCCCCAUCUCGCCAGGUGUAACCAGGAGGUUUUCCUCAUCUGUCCUCUUAUUCCUACCAUUGUGUUCAGAAGUCCAUCAGCAACUCAUCAGUGUCUAGUUGUCAUGGCAGACAGUCGGCAGCCCGAGGACAACAGCUCCUCUCACUGGGCCCCUCCCACUAACGGAGCCCAGGACCAGUCAGCUGCCCUCGCUGGCCACGGAGAGAACGGCUUCUCCUCUUACAGAGAGAACGGCUAUCACGGUGGACACGCUGCCACAGCAGAGCAAGUGUCAGCCCGUAUAGUUGAGAAGGUGACAGCAGAGGCGGUGGCAGUACUCAAGCAGGAGCAGGACAAGCAGGACUCUACUAGGAGACUGUCCUCAGUGGAGGACUCUGCCAACCUGCCACCCUCCCCUCCCCCCUCUCCGUCGGCAGAGCAGAUCGGACCCAUGGAGCAAAAGGAGAGACUAGAGGUUGUCCCUACUCCCCCUGAGGAGGAGGAGGAGGAGGUGGAGUUUACCCAAGUCUCAGCAGCUCCUGAGGAGGAGCACCCAGGUCAACAGGGGGAGGAUUCUGAUCAGCAGCCCACAGACAUGCUCUUAGAGCACGUUGAUAUUGUAAGCGAGCCCCAGGCUUUGCCCCGUCCUCAGGCCGAGACUCAUAAAUUCCUCAACGGGGGAGGAAUCCAUCAGGCUGAGUUGGAUAAACCAUCAGAGGAAGACCUGCCGGUGAACCCAGAGAAGCCUCGUUCCGACAAUCCUGCCAUGGCAGAGGAGCAUCCACAGGGGGCACCCCCUCCGCAGAGCCCGGUGGACCCCACCACAGAGAGAGAAACACCUGAGGGAGCAGAGAGCACUGUGUCCAUCGCUGAGUUCUCCACUGGUUCCCCCAAAAACAAAUCUCUAACUGAUCCUACCCCCACAGAACCCGAGAAAACGGUUCAGCCUUUAGUGGAACCAGAAAAGGGGCAAGGGACUGGAAGUACCACUAGUGUGGUUCCUAAGAUAGAAUACCUUCCGGAGCCCAAGACCACCGCUGAGAAACAGCCCUCGGUUGAAGAGCUCGACUCAGUUCCUCUUUCAGUUGUAUAUGAGCCCCUGAAAGAUUACAUUGAGGAAGAGGAGGAAAAUGAUGCUUAUGUUACACCCAGUAAGUCAGCAAACCUUGAGAGCGUUCGUGAGGAGAAAGAGAUCAUAUCAGAGAAAACUGAGAAAAGAAUGCUGAGUCUAGGACAAUCGACCGCCAGGCCAUUGUCAUUUGAGACUGAGAAGAUUGAGGAGACUCCUCAAAGUAAUGUCAGUGAUGGAGAAAACCCAAAGCAGGAGGCACACAUAUCUGCUGCAGAUAGUCUAAAAGACAAGCAGAGUUCGGAAGAUAAGUCUGGAGUUGCUUCAAAAGAUGAGUCAGGUAUGACGGCCUACUUUGAGACCUCUACACAAAGGGAUACUGAAAAACGAGGAGAACGUGGUGAGGGUUACUAUGAGCUCAGUGCUGUCAGCCAGAAGAAGCCCUCAGAGGAGAUUCUGGAGGCCGAUUCAAACAUUAAAAUAAGCGAUUCAGCACCAGAACAGACAAUAUCCAGCAUAACGUUGAUGAGUGACAGUGCCAUGGACAAGCUAGAGGAUCUCCCUAAAAGGAAGGAUGUGUGUACUAGACUGUCACCUGGCAAAUUGUCAUUGGAACACAGAAGUCUUUCUCUGAAUUUUGCUAUUGGCUCAAUGGGUCAAGCAGGAGAGCAAAACCAGUCGAAGCUCUCAUCUCUUACAGAGGUCUCUUCCGGAAGCCUGGAUGAAACCACAGGCUACCUUCCUCUAACCACCCCAUUAGUAACAUUAGAGAGACAGUUACUUCCUGUGACUCCAGAGAUAGCUCUCCCAGUCCCUACCACUGAAACCUCCACUGAUCCACCUGAAGACACAACCUCUAAGACAAUGUGUUCUCCUGAGUUGUCACUCUCACCCAUGAAGCAACACUACACCCAUUUGAAUGACCCAUCCAACGACCUUCCUGAGAUGCUGGACCUAGCCGGUGUUAAGCCCAAACCCACCCUGGAGAAGAGGGAGCUGGACCAGCAUAAUAGAAGGAGGUCUGUCCCUGCCUGUCCAUCUGCUGCUCUGGUGGGCAGUUCUCUGGCCAAGCUGGUACUGGGGAACCAGCAGACGCCCAGGGUGGUGGGUGGAGAGGAGAGCCAGCAGGAGGAGCGUGGUUACUGCGUGUUUAGUGAGUACUCUGGUCCCAUGCCCUCGCCUGCCGAUCUGCACAGCCCAGUGGGCUCCCCACACCAACGGUUCCCCACAGUGACUGAAGGGGACAGUGACGAGGAACUGGGAGCCAUUGCGGAAGAGGGCGGGGAAAAGCUGGCACCGCAUAAAACAAACCAGGCAGAGGAAUCGGUUGGAGGAACGGUUAAGCCAACUUUGGUGCUUGAAAGAGCUGUCACGGCAGGUGUCAAACCGGAUCGUCUGAGGAUCCCUGUGGCUCCAUCCAAAGACAAACUGACAGAGUUCCGGCUGGAGAGCGGUCUUCCUGGGGACAUCAAAACUCAAGCCAUUCCUGAGGUAGAGUUGGAGCAGGACCUCUCCAGAGAAGCGUCCCCCAUCCCACCAGACUUCGCAUUUACUUUUGGCACUGAGGUGAAGGACACCAAGCUUUUUGCGACCCCUGAGUCUCCAGCAGAAAAGGCUGCCGCUGUGGAGGGAACCAAAGUUGAGGAAGUCACAGCGGAAGUCAAAGUAGAGGUGACGUCAGCAAGGAUUGGGAAGAGUCAGAAGACUGGUCUUAAAAAGCCAGAGAUGGAGAAAGUGGAGGAGACCUCAGACCCAGACCAUCAGAAUGCUGUUGAAGACUUACAGCCAAAGGAUGUUCGAGGACUGGAGAGAGAAAAGCAAAAAGAACCCAUGACAUCAUCACCUGAAUCAUUAGUGGAGAUCAUCAAUGCGCAGGAGAAGAAGCGUGAAAGUGAACCAGAGGUGUCAACAGUACCAGCGGAGGCUGUCGUUCCAAAAGAAGAGGCCAAGACCAAAGUUGAAGAAACAUCACCAACACCCUCUAACGUGAGCCCUGCAGAUGUGGAGGAAGCCACAGAGCAACUAGAAGAGAAAAGUCCAGAGAAAAGUGUUUCUGGAAGUUCUCCAGUUAUAGUCAUACCUCAGGCACAAGUUGAGGAAGAGGAGGAGGAAGACGAUAUAGAAGUAGCUGAGGAAGUCUUAGAGGAAGUUGAAGGCCCUCCUGUGCUCCUCAAGGAGAAAGAGCAAGAGAGUCACCCUAUGGAGAAGCAGGAGGAGGUGGCAGAAGAGGUGAGGGUGGUGGGUGGGGCGGAGGAGGAAAAUCCUAAAGAUUUGGAGUCUGCUGUUGCUGGGGAUGACGAAUCAUGUGAUGCUACUGCCCCAACCAUUGAUGAAGGGGAUUAUGCCGAUCGCAUCUCUCAUCUAUCUGCCUGCUCUGGAAACGACCAGCCACAAACCCUUGAUGGAAAGGAGGCAGAGAAAGAGAAGAAUAAAGUGGAGGAUAAAGAAGGGGUGGUGCUGCAGGAAGAGGAGGAGUCCGCUGAAGUGGGGCAGGAAGUUGAGAUGAAGGCUUCCAGUCGCGAGGAGACGGAAACCUCAGACGUACUGCGGAGCCAGACCAGCGAGACCACCGCUCUCGACGAGACCACCAUGGACGUCUCCAUGUUAGACAGCGAGAGUGGCUGGGUGGACUCACAAGAUGAUGACAGAAGCGUAAUGACAGAGCAGAUUGAAGCUCUGCCCAAAACACAGAGUCCUGUCAAGACUCCCCUGGUAGAGAAACCCUCUAAUAAACGUCCCCCCGGCAGAGGACAGGGGCGCGCCUCCACCCCCGAGCGCAAACUCAACCGCAGAGAGCCCGUCAGUCGUCGUCCAAAGGAGGAAGAGAAGAAGAAAAAAGCGGGGACGAAGAGAACUGAACAGUGUAAGGUAUCAGUCCUCCAGUGUCGCUCUCCCACUCGGAGGAUUGUAGUCAAAGCUGCUACGUUCAGACAAGCUAGACCUGCUUCGCACCACGGCUCUGCUAGACGCAAGCCACCAGCCGUGGAGGACCAGCAGCCUCUUAAUGUGACCCACCAAUCCCGGGAAAGGACCUCUAGCCUCACACGCACCGCCUUAACAAACCAUCGACUGACCAGGGGGGUAGAGGAUCUGUCCCCCAGGCCCAACUCUGCAUGCUCCCACACUAAACCCAAACCACUAGUGGAGGCGGAGUUAUGCGGGCCACGCCCCUCCUCCGCAUGCUCAGGCAGAAACUCCCCCUCCCCCGCACUGCAGCGGCGGGGGCGGAGGGAAGAGAAGGAGGGUACCUACCGGACUCCAGAAAAGAGGUCCUCUCUGCCCAGGCCUGCCUCCUCCCUGCCCCGCCGUGCCCCCCCAGCAGAGCACGACAACACCAGCCCUGCCCCCCGCAGGCCCACCUCAAUUCAAACUGAGCCCAGAGGGGAGCACAGGUCUGGGAGGUCCCCUAGUAUUGCAGUCGGCACAAACUCGUCGGCCCGUUCCCGUUCUGCCCGAAGCGGAGCCUCCACGCCCCACACCCCCGGCUCCACAGCGGUCACCCCAGGAACACCACCCAGCUACUCCUGCCGCACCCCUGGGAGUCGCACCCCCGGCAGCCACACACCCAAGUCUCUCAGCCUCCUCACUCAGGAGAAGAAGUUUGCUGUGAUCCGCACACCGCCCAAGUCACCCUCCACCACACCCAAGCAGCUGCGCGUCCUCAACCAGCCCCUGCCUGACCUGAAGAACAUCAAGUCCAAGAUCGGCUCCACAGACAACAUGAAGUACCAGCCCAAAGGAGGACAGGUCUUCAUUCCAAGUGUUAAACUGGACUUUAGCCAUGUCCAAUCUAAGUGUGGCUCCCUGGACAAAAUCCAGUACGCACCCACCGGGGGAAACGUCCACAUUACCACCAAGAAGAUAGACCUGAGCCACAUCACCUCCAAAUGUGGAUCAAUGUCCAACAUCCGUCACCGACCAGGGGGUGGUAACGUGCGUAUUGAGAGUGUGAAGCUGGACUUCAAGGACAAGGCCGAGGCCAAAGUGGGCUCACUGGCCAACGCCAGUCACACCCCCGGGGGAGGACAAAUCAUGAUCGAGAGCCACAAGCUGACGUUCCGUGACACGGCCAAGGCUCGCGUGGACCACGGAGCAGACGUUAUCACCCUGUCCCCAGGUGGCACCGGGGGUACAUCCCCCCACCGUCUCAGCAACGUGUCAUCCACGGGCAGCCUCAACCUCCUGGACUGCCCCCAGCUGUCCACACUGGCCCAGGACGUCACCAUGGCCCUGGCCAAGCAAGGCUUAUGAGCCUCCUGCCUCCUCCAUCGCCCCCUGGUUCCUGGUCCUCCAUCACCCCCUGGUUCCUGGUCCUCCAUCUCCCCCUGGUUCCUGGUCCUCCAUCUCCCCCUGGUUCCUGGUCCUCCACCUCCCCCUGGUUCCUGGUCCUCCAUCGCCCCCUGGUUCCUGGUCCUCCAUCUCCCCCUGGUUCCUGGUCCUCCAUCUCCCCCUGGUUCCUGGUCCUCCAUCUCCCCCUGGUUCCUGGUCCUCCAUCUCCCCCUGGUUCCUGGUCCUCCAUCUCCCCCUGGUUCCUGGUCCUCCAUCGCCCCCUGGUUCCUGGUCCUCCAUCUCCCCCUGGUUCCUGGUCCUCCAUCUCCCCCUGGUUCCUGGUCCUCCAUCGCCCCCCGGACCUCCUGGAUCCCUUGGACCUCCUGGUCUUAACAUCCCCCUUCAACAUUUCUCCGUCGGCCCUCCACUGCAACAACCCUUCGCCGUCAUCCCCCAAGAUAAGAAACCAGAUGACUGUGAUCAGAGUAUCAGAGUCCGUCUUCCAUCAUUCCACUCCCCCUCUCGCUCCUCCAUAGGAAAACAUGCUAUUUAAACUACCACCACCAGGGGGAUUUUAAUGACUGACUCUAGGAUGUUUGUUCUUCUUCUUUCUGUUCUAAGGGAUGUGCUUGACUCUGCUAGGGUGUGUUGUGUUGUUCUUUUGGCUUCUUUUCAUUACAUGUUGAACUUUCUUUGGGACAUUACUGUAGAUGGCCAGUGUGCUAGCUAGCUAAGGCAUUGAAACAGGUACAGGGAUAGUGUUGAUAGGGUAUUAUCGGUUAUCUAAGACUUUACAGUGAUUCUUAUUGUGUGGCAAUGAUCUCAAAGACAUUCCAUUUGGCCUAGGAUAUUAAGCGGUCCAGCCUGGUUUCAUUCCCAACAUACACUAUAUAUACAAAAGUAUGUGGACACCCCUUCAAGUUAGUGGAUUCGGCUAUUUCAGCCACACCCGUUGUUGACAGGUGUAUAAAAUUGAGCACACAGCCAUGCAAUCUCCAUAGACAAACAUUGGCAGUAGAAUGGCCUUACUGAAGAGCUUAGUGGCUUAUAACAUGGCACCGUCAUAGGAUGCCACCUUUCCAACAAGUCAGUUUGUCAAAUUUCUGCCCUGCCAGAGCUGCCCCGGGCAAUUGUAAGCGCUGUUAUUGUAAAGUGGAAACGUCUAGGAGCAACAACGUCUCAGUCGCGAAGUGGCAGACCACACAAGCGCACAGAACGGGACCACCAAGUGCUGAAGAGCAUAGUGUGUAAAAAUCGUCUGUCCUCGGUUGCAACACUCACUACUGAGUUCCAAACUUUCUCUAGGAGCAACUUCAGCACAAGAACUGUUCGUCGGGGGCUUCAUGAAAUGGGUUUCCAUGGCCGAGCAACCGCACACAAGCCUACGAUCACCAUGUACAAUGCCAAGAGUCUGCUGGAGUGGUGUAAUGCUCGCUGCCAUUGGACUCUGGAGCAGUGGAAAUACGUUCUCUGGAGUGAUGAAUCACGCUUCACCAUAUGGCAGUCCAACGGGAGUAUCUGGGUUUGGCAGAUGCCAGGAGAACGCUACCUUCCCCAAUGCAUAGUGCCAGCUGUAAAGUUUGGUGGAGGAGGAAUAAUGGUCUGGGGCUGUUUUUCAUGGUUCGGGCUAGGCCCCUUAGUUUCAGUGAAGGGAAAUCAUAACACUACAGCAUACAAUGACAUUCUUGACGAUUCUGUGUCCAACUUUGUGGCAACAGUUUGGGGAAGUCCCUUUCCCGUUUCAGCAUGACAAUGCCCCUGUGCACAAAGCGAGGUCCAUACAGAAAUAGUUUGUUGAGAUCGGUGUGGAAGAACUUGACUGGUCUGCACAGAGCCCUGACUUCAACCCUGUCGAACACCUUUGGGAUGAAUUGGAACGCCAACUGCGAGCCAGGCCUAAUCACCCAACAUCAGUGCCCGGCCUCACUAAUGCUCUUGGCUUAAUGAAAGAAAGCCCCCGCAGCAAUGUACCAACAUCUAGUGGAAAGCCUUCUCAGAAGAGUGGAUGGCUGUUAUAGCGGCAAAGGGGGGAACAAAUCUAGAUUUGGGUAUGUCAUUUUAUGUGAACAUUUAAAAAAUAGGUUAAUGCCCAUGAUUUUGGAAUGAGAUGUUUGAUGAGCCGCUGUCCACAUACUUUUGUUCAUGCAGUGUAUCUGUUCCAGUAUCCCAGGUCCUGUAUGUGUCUCGUAGACAGGAGGCUGUUACGUUUGUGAACAACAAUUCAUCUACAACACAACACAACACAAUUCAAUACAAUGCAAAAUGUUACAACUGUAACGGUAAGAAAUGGCUGUUCAGACAAGCUUGUUUCAAUUCAGAAAAUGGGAUGUUUACUAUUAGACUUGAUUUUGUUUUAGUAAUGUGACUAUAUGACUUCAUGAUGUCAUUUGCUGAAUUAUUGGACAAAAUGUGGUUUUGUUGAGUUUGUUUUAUCUCAUUAAUAGUGCAAAUGGUAGUGUUGAUGUCACGGUGGCUGAACGAGCUUGGCACAUGCUGUCAUGUCAAGUUACAAUGCUAUGAACCCUCGCUUUCCAAUAGACCUCUUCCACGAGCCAUCAGGCUGCUUUUCUGCUUCAGUGAUGUGAGCAUUCAUUUACAUACAGUAGCUCUGUGAUUUUCACCAAACAGUCGCUGUUAUGCUGACGUGACAAAAGCCAGUGAGUGACCUAAUAGCACCGAGUUAUAGACAUAAAAGAUCUAGAGAGUGAACACUGUAGCUAGGGACUAUACUGUGUCUAGUCAGUGAACACAGUCUAUAACCGCUUUGUACCAGCCUUAGACUAAUACGUUUGCUUCCAAUAAGCCUUUCUCCUACGUUUAGAGUAGCAAGAACAUGGACCUUGAAUGAGCUAAGGGCCUGCAGUCGCUUGUGUAACUACGCAGAAAGUGUCUGAAGCUUUAUAUUUAAAUCAACAUUCCAUGAAAAAUAGCAGCUAUGGUUGAACACUGUGAAAAUGUCCCAGUCGGAUCGUACGGACGGGACUUUCUGAGGAAAGAAGGUUAAAGUAAUGAAGGGACGUAGUGGAAGGAAAAGGAAGUCAUUCUCAACUUGUACGUGUUUGAUAAAAAUGUUCUAGCUUACUUUUAUCUGUCACCAUUUGUGAUUCCCUCCCUCCCACCCCCAAUUUCCAGAUGUUGGUUACCCUUCAGUGUUUUUCUCAAACCCCUUCCCACAACACUUUGCCUGUUUUAAGUGUAUUUAAAGAGACCAUGUAGAUGUGCACACUUUACAAUGUUUGAAACAAUGCUGUUGACCAAACACUCCUACAUAAUAAUAACAGGAAUAAAAUAAUCAAAUGAACUAAAUACA